AUGCGAUACUCGCCUUUACUAUCCACCGCCCUCUGCAGAGUCAUUCAACCUCGUCCCUACGUACGGCGCCGGCCGCAAGUCCAGCAGCUAGCGAAACUACGACUGUCUCCACCGAGCUCCAUGUCCGGCAUUCCCUUCUUGGGUGCGCUUCUCGGCCGUUCAUCCUCGUCCAACGCGGCCAGUAUGUCGUAUCCCGAUCAACGUACGAACGACGAGUGGCAGGCUGUCCUUAAUAAGGAGCAGUUCCGGAUUCUACGAGAAAAAGGCACGGAGCCGGCCGGGUCUGGGAAAUUCAACAAGCACUACCCCGACCAGGGAGUUUACACAUGCGCCGGGUGCAACGCGCCGCUCUACAAGGCAAACCACAAGUUCCAGUCAGGCUGCGGAUGGCCGGCGUACUUUGACAGCAUCCCCGGCGCCGUCACGCGGCACGAGGACCGCGCCUUUGGCAUGACGAGGACGGAGAUUGUCUGCUCCAACUGUGGCGGCCACCUCGGCCACGUCUUCAAGGGCGAGGGCUUCUCGACGCCAACCGACGAACGGCACUGCGUCAACAGCAUCAGCUUGAACUUUUCGCCAGACGACAAGAUCGUCGAGAGCGGGCCGAAGGAGAGCAAGGCGUAA